ACGACGGUGCCGACGCCUCAGUUAUACGAAGUAUUUAGAAGACGUAACAGUUAGCCAGUAUCUGAAAGCUUUCGGUCUCGAACCACGAAAUUCGCGACCUGUUACGAAGUAGCCUAAAAUAACCGUUGUAAAAAAUAAGACUGUUCAAUAUUGUUAAAGAAAAAUGACAUUAUUAUUAAUUUGUUUUUGUUGAUAAAUAUCUUACAGUUUUGAAUUCGCAGUGUGUGUUUUCAAAUUGGAGCUAUACCGAUAAAGCUGCUUGUGAUUGGGUGAAUAUUAUUGUGAUCGCCUUGGUGCAUUUUAGAAUUUUGGGACAAUACUUAGACCAUGUUGAGCGGACCAUUUCUAGUGAAUCUAAUUUUUUUUCUCUUAAUCAUCCCAGGAAAUGUUGUUAGAGGAGGCAUGGCAGGUUCAUCAAAUAGUAUGAAUUCAUUGGAACAAAAAACAGAAACCCAACAAUCAGCCCCAGUACAGUUAGGUUCCAGUCAUAUAUCACAGAACCGGUUCGAGCCAUACUUUGAUGCUAUGACACCUCGAAAUAUUACAGCUCUAGUGGGAAAGUCAGCCUAUCUUAGCUGCAGGGUACGCAAUCUUGGAAAUAAAACGGUCUCGUGGAUUCGACAUAGAGACAUCCAUAUUCUGACAGUGGGCAGCUACACAUAUACCAGCGACCAGCGAUUUCAAGCCAAUCAUCAUACUGAAAACGACGAAUGGACGUUACAAAUAAAAUGGGCCCAGAAACGCGAUGCUGGUAUUUAUGAGUGCCAAAUAAGCACACAGCCUGUUAGGAGCUAUUUCGUUAACUUGAACCUUGUUGAAAUAUCAGAAGAAGAGAGUUACAAGCCUCCACAAGAUGAGAGUUACAAGUGUAAUUGCAGCUGUCCGCCUGAUGACUCUGGUCAGCCAGUACCUACUGCGCAAGUUCUAGGCGGUCCAGACUUGUAUGUGGACAUGGGCAGUACAAUUAACUUGACGUGUUCAGUCAAGUAUAGUCCCGAACCUCCUGCUUAUAUAUUCUGGUACCAUGGUGGAGAAGUCAUAAGUUACGACUCAAGCCGUGGUGGUGUCAGUGUCAUCACAGAAAAGGGUGAUGUUACAACGAGUUUUCUAUUGAUUCAGCAUGCUGACAUAUCAGACUCUGGAAAGUAUUCAUGCAAUCCAUCCAAUGCAAAUGUAGCCAGUGUCCGGGUACACGUUCUAAACGGGGAAAGGCCAGCUGCAAUGCAAACAGGAUCUGCUAGACUCUCGAAAAGCUCCCUCAACAUUGUGGCUCUUUUAGUAAUAUCCUACAUCUAUCAGAUGUGCACCUACAACCAGUGUCCUAGUUUAGGUGCUGUGAGGUAGCUAUUUUGUCUUUUCUUUAAUUUAAACCUGUAAAUAUAAUUUCCAUUGUUACGUGAAAACAAGAAUUAAAAAUCAUUGUUGUCUGUAUUGUUCAAAAAUGGAAAUUUUUUUGAGAACAUGUGUGUUGUUAUCAUCUCAUCAUUACUUGCGAUGAUAACUAAAUAUAACGUUGCCUAUAAUACAAGACCGUAAAUCAAUGAUUUAAUUAAUCAAAUUAUGGCACCUGUAAAAUGUGACGGUCACAAUCGAAUUAAAAUUAAGCAACUGUAAAAACUGCAUAAAGAUAUGCAAAGUUGUACCUACAUUUAUUAAGCUUUGGCCGAUAUUUACAAAGUUGAAAUGACCUUUUUCAUAGUUUUAACACCACAUACAGCCGAAAGGCCAGGUACGAUAGCUAAGCUAAGAAAACCGUACUAAGUACCAUUCAUGUUAAUGUAAGUAAGCACAAUGUAUAUUUAUCAGAAUUUUUUUAGUAUCCAAAAAGUGCUUACGAAAUUAAUAAACUACAACGAAUUAAUUUAAAUGCGCUAGGUACAAUAGAAAGUGAAAUUGAACGUUCACAUCAGCACAUUCGGCCAAAAUUGUACAAUAGAUAUCUGAAAUGCUAUAUCGUCUGGCUUAAGCACGUUACAAUUGUGACAUGUGAAGCGAAAAAACUUCGAAACUUUGAUGAUAUUGGUAGUUAUUAAGUGUAAAUAUUUGCAUAUUAUUAGGAUACAUGUAUAGUGUCAAAACAUUUGCUUCACUGCUUUUCGACUUAAUUUUAACUUUUCCUUAUGCUAAGUAUGCUAAUAUAAUACAAAUGAUAUUUGUCAGACUGGCAGACGUCAAAGCUCAAACAGUAUAAAUCAAUUUAAUAAAGUUAAAACAUGAUAUAUACUCGUCUCAACAUUCGCAAUCUGAAAGUGGUGCGUUUUAGGUAUAUUUUAUUUCCUGGACUUAUGGAAUAAUAAAAAUAUCAAAAUUCUAUCAAAAACCUGCAGAAUGUGCCAAUUUCAACUUUGCGAAUAUUGGGCACAAUUCCUAACAGUGUCCCAUCAAACAUGUAUAGUUUUUAAGUAAAUUACUGAUCUACAGUGUACAUAAGAAAUUCAUCACGAGUAAUUGCAAAGUAGAAUACUUAUUCUGUCCGAUUUUGUUAAGUUUUUUGUAUUGAUAGUUCUAAUAAAUGUUUUAAAAAUGUAA